AUGGACUCCGAUUCUGACUCUGACGGAUCCCAUGUCUCUGCAACUCCUCCACGACGAGCAACUCCAUCACCGCCGCCACCACAACCUCCGCCGCCGCCACAACCACCUCGUGUUCCUUCCGGAAAAUCUAGAAUCAGAACCAAAACCUCGAGCUCCAAGAAGCGCCCUUCUGCACCCGAUAAAACCCAAUCCAAACACGAUCCGCUACCCGAACCAAGCCACCAACUCCAAGACCCUUUCUCCCUCCCGACCGCUCUACCGUUUCAAAUUCGUCGGUCCUCCGACUGUGACCCCGCACCCCCGUCCACUUCCCAGCCCCUCGAAACCCUCCCGGCGGGGUUCUUCUCCAAAUCCGCUUCCUUCUCGAAGAUCCGAAGACAUUCUAUAAGUUUUGAAGCUUCUGGAAACGAACCGCUACUCGAUUCUACGUCCAAUCUGGGCACCAAUGUUGGACUUGAUUAUGCUCGUGCUUUCCCCGAAGGAGAAAAGGGGCAAUGUGGAAGGAGAGAAGAAGAAGGACUCGGGUUUGGUUCCAGAGAUAAGAGGAAAUUUGGAAAGAUAGAAGAAGAGGAAGAAAGAGGAGGACUUGGAGCUGUUUCUAGAGAAAAGGAGAGCUUUGGAAAGAGAGGAGAAGCAGAAGAAGGAUUUGGAGUUGGAGUUGGUUCUAGAGUAAAGGGGACAUCCGGGAAGAGGCAGCAUCCUAACCUGAUAGGGGCAAAUGCACCAUUGCCAGCCGUGAAGCUGCAAAAAUGUGGCGGGGAAGGGAACUUUGUGAAAUUGAACUUGAGUGGUGGUGGUAAGAGGAGGAAGUUUAUGAACAAGGGGUACAAGAAAAGUGGGAGAUUUUCUGGCGGUAGAAGGUACACAAGAAGAAGUAGAGGUAAAGUGGGACGUCAAGGGAAGGAGGAUCAAGAGGAACUUGGUUUUGAUGAUGAAGAAGGGUUGGUUACAGAGAGUGGGCAAAAGAAGCAAAAGCAGACUUGCAGAGCUAGUGAGGUUCAGUUGAAAUUGGUGGACGAAGCAGUGUCUGCUGCUCAAGCUGAGCCUUCGGAUGAGAAUUUGGUGAACUUGCUGAGCUUGGUUUAUGGCUAUGAUAGUUUUCGAGAUGGGCAGCUGGAGGCAAUCAAGAUGGUUCUUACCGGGAAGUCUACCAUGCUUAUUUUGCCAACUGGUGCAGGGAAGUCACUCUGCUAUCAGCUGCCUGCCUUGAUUUUGCCUGGGAUUACCCUAGUUGUCAGUCCAUUGGUGGCCUUGAUGAUUGAUCAGCUAAGGCAACUGCCCCCUGUGAUUAGGGGUGGUUGUUUAAGCAGCAGUCAGACAUCUGAGGAAGCAGCUGAAACACUCAACCAGCUUAGACAAGGUGCAGUGAAGGUGCUUUUUGUUUCCCCAGAGCGCUUCCUGAAUGAGGAGUUUCUGUCUGUUAUUUCUGGUAUGUCAGGCAUCUCACUUCUUGUUGUUGAUGAAGCACACUGUAUUUCUGAAUGGUCUCACAAUUUCCGACCAUCAUUCAUGAGACUUAGAGCAUCUUUGCUCCGUAAAAGGCUUAAUGUAGGUACUAUUCUUGCAAUGACAGCAACUGCUACAAACACAACUUUAGAUGCCAUCAUGUCUGCUCUAGAUAUUCCUUGCACAAAUAUUAUUCAAAAGACACAACUAAGGGACAAUUUUCAUUUAUCGGUGUCUUUGCUGAAAAAUAGGCAAGUUAGAUGCUUUGAUUUUCUGCUUUAACCUGCAUUUUUUCCUUACCUUAUCUGAACUUUGGUUAACUUAUACAUACUUACUGAACAUAAUAGAAUGAAAGACCUUCUGGUUCUCAUGAAGUCUUCUCCUUUUGCUGAAGUUCAAAGCAUUAUCAUAUACUGCAAAUUUCAGUCUGAAACUGAUUUGAUUAGCCGAUACUUGAAUGAUAACAAUAUCUCGGCAAAGAGUUAUCAUGGUGGUAUGAGUUCAAAGGAACGCAACUAUGUCCAAGAGUUGUUUACCUCCAACAAGAUCAGAGUGGUUGUUGCAACUGUGGCAUUUGGUAUGGGACUGGAUAAAAGUGAUGUUGGAGCUGUAAUUCAUUAUAGUCUGCCUAAAAGUCUGGAGGAGUAUGUGCAGGAGAUAGGCCGUGCUGGAAGGGAUGGGAGGUUGUCCUAUUGUCACCUAUUCUAUGAUGAUGAAACAUAUUUCAAACUUCGCAGUCUAAUGUACAGUGAAGGAGUAGAUGAAUACACAGUGAACAAAUUUCUGCAUGAAGUGUUUCCUGCUGAGAAGAGCUCCUGUGGGAGAAUAUGUUCGUUAAUUAAAGAAUCUUCUUCACGCAAGUUUGAUAUGAAAGAAGAGGUGAUGCUAACAAUUUUGACACGCUUGGAGUUGGGAGAUGUGAAGUACUUGUAUUUACUUCCACAGAUAAAUGCAACUUGCAAUUUGACAUUUCAUAAGACUCCCCCACCUAUGCUUGCCCAAAGGAAUUAUGCUGUUGCUGUUAUUCUGAAGAGAUCUGAAUAUAAGCAAGGGCUGUAUGUUUUUGACAUUCCAUCCGUGGCAAAUGACGUGGGGGUUACAGCAGUUGAGUUAACAAAUCAGUUGUACAAUCUCAAGUUAACGGGAGAAAUAACUUAUGAAAUGAAGGAUUUGGCCUACUGUUAUAAGAUUAUUCAAGUCCCGACGGACUUUUUCUCGCUAUCAACAGCUGUUACCCAAUGGUUAUCAGAUGUUGAAAGUUGUAAGGUACAAAAGAUAGAUGUAAUGCUUAAUGCUGCAAAUUUUGCCAUAAAUUUAUGUGACAAGAUGCAUGGUUGCAGUGAUAACAAUCACACACCAUGCUUGCAAACGAAAAUAUUGGAUUACUUUGCUGGAGUUGAUGAUAACAAUGAUUCCUGCAAGAAAAUUGGUCAAAGCAGCCCUUUCCUGCGGGCUGAUAUUAAGGUCUUUCUUCAGAGCAAUUCACAAGCAAAAUUUACACCAAGAGCUGUGGCCAGGAUAAUGCACGGAAUUGCAAGCCCGGCAUAUCCUUCUACCAUUUGGUGUAGAACCCAUUUUUGGGGAAGGUAUACACAUAUAGACUUCAAGGUGGUGAUGGAAGCAGCAAAGGCAGAACUGAAGAAUUUGGUUGGAAAAGAUACGCUCUAGCCAUUUAGCCUUUUACUUUAGAUUUGGGGUCUUAAUAUUAAAGCGAAUCCAAUCCAAGGUGGUCAGAAAAAGCUCCUUCUUUAUGUCCUGUCUGUGGCUUAAUGUUAUAGGGGAGUGUGGCAGCACCUCUACUCUGUUUCCACUGGUUGAAACAGAAGGCAAACAAAAUUUGAAGCUCUACCUCAUUUAUGAUACAAUUAUCUUCCUAGGGCGGGAGGAAUCAGUGAUUUGCAAUCCUAGAGAGUGAACUCUCAGCCCUAAAGAAAAAGAAAAAGCUCUUUUAGGAUUAUUUGUUGGAAAAUUAUCAACUGUGUUUGCUAGUGAACAGGAAAAAUAAAUUCUCAGUCAUGUAUAUAUAAGCUCACUUGAAAUUGUCCCCAUUAUUGUGGGAGUAUAAUGGUCCCUCUUCAUUAUUAUCAUAGUCUUUACAUA